AUGAGUUCAAAAUAUGAAAAUGAAAGCUUUGUAUCAACAGGAUCAGACAAAAAUUGUGAAAAAGAAGAUUCUAAUUUAUUACAAAAUGACGAAGAAGAAUGCGUGAAUAACAGGAAAACGAAAAAAUACAGUAAUGAAAAGAAGCACAAAUAUUAUGAUAAAUUUUUUAAUAAAAAGAGAAAUAAAAAAUGGAAUUACUGUAUCAUAUUUUUUCUAGGCAUAUGCUUUGGUUUUGCUAUAUGGCCCUUUUUUAUGACUAUAAUAACGUAUAAAUUAUUUUAUAAAGAUAAUUUUAAUAAUUCAAAUUUUACAACAAGUAACACGUCAGCAUCAUUAAAAUCUUAUGGAAAUGAUAAAAAUAAAAAAAAUGAUAACAACAAAAUAUCAAUUAAAGAUCAGUCACAAAAAAAUACAUCUCCUCAUUUUAGACCCAUAAGAUUUGAAGAAAUUGCAGGAAUAGACGAAUCAAAAUUAGAACUAUUAGAAGUAGUUGAUUUUAUAAAAAAUAGGGAAAGAUAUCAAGAUAUGGGAGCACGAAUGCCUAAAGGUGUAUUGCUAGUUGGACCACCAGGGUCAGGAAAAACUAUGUUAGCAAGAGCUGUUGCAACAGAAGCCAAUGUGCCAUAUAUAUAUACAUCUGGGCCUGAAUUUAUAGAAAUAUAUGUAGGACAAGGAGCAAAAAGAAUAAGACAAUUAUUUGCGCACGCAAGAUCAGUAGCUCCAUCGAUUGUUUUUAUUGAUGAAAUUGACGCUAUAGGGGGAAAGAGAAGUUCAGGAUCAGUAAAUGGUGCAGGUCAAAGAGAACAUGAUCAAACAUUAAAUCAAUUAUUAGUUGAAAUGGAUGGAUUUAGUAAUACUAUACAUAUUAUGGUAAUAGGUGCAACAAAUAGAAUUGAUACUUUAGAUAGUGCUUUACUUAGACCAGGUAGAUUUGAUAGGAUUGUGUACGUUCCAUUACCAGAUGUAAAUGGUAGAAAAAGAAUUCUUGAGAUUUAUGUAAAAAAAAUAAAAAGUAAUUUAAAAGCAGAAGAUAUUGAAAAAAUAGCUAGAUUAACUCCUGGUUUUUCUGGAGCUGAUUUAGAGAAUGUAGUGAAUGAAGCUACCAUAUUAGCUACAAGAAAUAAAAAAAGCCUAGUUACAAUAAACGAAUUGUUUGAAGCUAGGGAUAAAGUUUCAAUGGGUCCUGAAAGAAAAUCAUUAAGACAAUCAGAACACCAGAGAAGAAUUACUGCUUAUCAUGAGGCUGGUCAUGCAAUUGUUGCUUACUUUCUUCAACCUAAAACGGAUCCUAUUCAUAAAGCUACUAUCAUUUCAAGGGGGAAUGCUCUUGGAUAUGUAGAACAAAUACCAGUUGAUGAUAGACAUAAUUAUUUUAAAAGUCAAAUGGAAGCAAAACUAGCUGUCUGCAUGGGUGGACGAACAGCAGAAGAAAUUGUUUUUGGAAAAUCCGAAACAAGUAGUGGUGCAUCUAGUGAUAUCUCAAGAGCAACUGAAAUUGCUUACAAAAUGGUAACCGAGUGGGGGAUGUCUGAAAAAUUAGGACCGCUAAAUUAUAAAAAAAGAAUGGGAGAUGGUUAUUCUUCAAAUAGAUUAUCAGCUCAAACUGUUUCUAUUAUUGAAGUAGAAGUAAAAACAUUAGUUGAAAAGGGGAAAAGCUUGUCAGAAGAAAUUUUAAGAAGACAUAGAAAAGAAUUGGAUAAUCUAGCUUUUGCGUUAUUAGACAAAGAAACCUUAUCAGGAGAGGAAAUAAAAAAUAUUAUCGACCCAACUAAUUCAAGGGAUUAUUCAGAUAAAAUACAUCUUUUAAAUAAAGAUACAAAAAACGAUACACAGAACAAUGGUUAUAUUGAUAAUGAUAAAAAGGAUUUAUCACAUCAUAAUGAGAACAAUGGCUGGAGCCGGAUAGAAUCACCUGAACAAUUCAGGAAAAUGGAUAAUACUGGUGCAUAUGAAGAAGAGAAAAAAAAAAAAAGGAGUUGGGAGGAAAAAAAUGAAGCAUCUAUAGAAAGAAAGAAUGAUCAGUUAAAUACGGUUAAUGAAUCCGCAAAUAUAAAUGUAGAUGACCAAUACAAAAAUAAGGAGAAUAGCGAAAGAAGGAAUGAUGAACGUAAAGUCACUACUGAUGAUGUUGAUAGUAACAAAAUAGAAAUCAUAAAGACGAAUGCAAAAAAUAGCAUUAAACGGAUAAUAAAAAAAUAUUCUAAGGGAUCGAAUAGCAAAAAUAAAAAAAUUAUAAAAAUAAUAAAUGAACAUAAAUAUUAUGAAGCUGAUAAAAGGAUGAAUAAUGAAAAACCUGAAAAUAGUAGCAACAUAUUAGCACCAAGGAAGGUAGACAAAGACGGAUAUACAAAUAAACCAUCAAACGGCAAUAGCCAUAAUAACAAUAUAGUAAAAAAUAUUAACGAAUUUUUUAAGAAUAAUUUUCCAGAAGAGAAAAAUAAUAAUGAAAAUUUUGAUUUUGUAAAAACAAAAAAAAUAUCUUAUAAUAACUUUAAUGAAGUAGUGGAUACAUCGAACAUAAAAAAUGUUGGAGAAAUGAAAAAAUUUAACAUUUUUGAACACAAUUUAAGUAAAUUAUUUCUGUUCGAUAUUUUUAACAGUUAUUAA